AUGUUUCAAAUGCUGCUCUGCAACUUCUCAUCUUGCCAAAGACUGCAAGAGCGAGGUAAGAUGCUCCGAGUGUGACAGCACCAGACACGAUGCGGCCAUGCAUCCCGGCCCAUCACCUCAGUCAACCGGAAUGGCUCCUCCAGCAUCACAAGAGAACGGCGGGGAGGAAGAAGUACGUCCUAAAAAGACUGAAGUGGACGAGGCGGACUUCAGUCACACAGAGGUCAACACAAGCUGCACAGAAAUAUGUGGUCCAGGUCAGUGGAGUCGCUCCUGCUCAAAAAUUUGCCUCGCAAGGAUCUACCCCAAAGGGUCAAAGGACAUGGCUAUAAAGGCCUACGUAAUAAUGGAUGACCAGAGCAACCGCUCUUUAGCUCGACCAGAGCUCUUUGAACAUUUUGGCAUGGAGAGUGAAAUCUUCCCUUACCGUCUCAGAACAUGCUCUGGCAUCAUUGAAACAUCUGGAAAGAAAGCAGAGGGACUUCAGAUGGAGUCAUUGGAUGGAAAGAUCCACAUCUCUCUCCCACCACUCACCGAGUGUCCUGACAUCCCAAACAACCGGAGUGAGAUACCUACCCCAAGCGCAGUUAAACACCUGCCUCACCUCCGUCACAUCGCUCAACAAAUCCCAGAGCUGGACCCUAAAGCAGAGAUACUAAUUUUGCUUGGCAGAGACGUUCUACGGGCUCACAAGGUCAGGCAGCAAGUGAACGGCCCACACAACUCUCCCUUCGCCCAACGUCUGGACUUAGGGUGGGUAGUCAUUGGAGAGGUCUGUCUGGGGAGUGUACACAGACCAACAGUCAAUACAUACAAGACUCAUGUGCUUGACAGUGGCCGGCCUUCUAUGUUCAAACCCUGCCCAAGCUUCGUGCGCAUUAAAGAAACAAGACAAGGCACCAAGCAUGACAACAAACCUGUCCCUUCAGUGGAGAUGGGUGGCAUCAGCAGCCGGAGGGCCUCCGAGAUCGGAGAAAACCUGACCCUCGACAGCACGAUGGACGCAGCACCACAGAGAAAAAAGAAGAAGAAGAAAGCUGCCACCAUUGAUCUGGAGGAUGACCAAGUCAACUUGUUAAAUGGUCGUACAGGAGAUCAGACCACCGAUGGAGAAGAAGUGGUGAAAAAACCCCGAAAGAAAAAGAAGUCAAAAGUUGCAGAAUCUGCACUUCCUGAUGAUUUGGAUGUGGAGGAGGACGACAUCAUCACCGGAGUCAGGUCAGGGGUCCCUCCUCCUCCUGGGGACUUUACAGAAAAGGACCUAUACAUGAAACAAUGGAGACAGGUGCAGGCUCUGGUAAACCAAAACACCGAAACAUAAAUACCUACCUUCCCUGGAAAAGAUGGAUAUGUCAGAAAAGUUGAGCUGAAGACAACAGACCAAGGCAAUGUGAAAACUUUUCUGAAACCAAUUGCAGAACUCACUCUACUUCUGCCUAAGGACUGUUGAAGAGUCUUUGCUAUUGCUUACCUGUAAUCCUGAGUGACCAUAACAGGUCAGGCGGGGAGUGUGUUGCCCUGUAAUUGUGUUGCCCUAGGUGUUCUUGUAUUAUAUUAACUUUUCAAUUAUUUGAAUAUGUUAAAUGACAUUUUGUAUAUAUAUAUAUAUAUGGUAAACGGGCAAAUAAUUAGUUAAGAAAACAAAGUAUGUACAGUAUAAUUAAAUAUUUAGUUGUUUUGAGACGAUUUAAGAACAGCGAUGUUACUUCCGGUUUCGCGAUGUUACUUCCGGUUUGGUUCCGGUCAGACCAGCCGUUAUUUUCCUGCUCCAUCUUCUUCUCACCAUUUCAGUUGUGUACAAGCAAUGCUUUUUUAUCACUUAUUUACAUGUUCAGUCUUCAAUAUACUUGAUGAAACGCCACUCCAC